AAGGUCUGGAGGUCGAACCUGAAGUCAGUUUAGUGUCUGAUGAUUAGAGGAGCUGCUGUCACCAACAGGGACAAUAAGAUGCAGAUGUCCCACAGGCCUGUGCAGUGGCUCGCUGUCAUGCUUCUUGUCAUCUUUACAACCACCCAGUGUCAACAGAACGAGAGUCGCCGAGCUGUGACCGAACACCAGCUGAUGCACGACCGCGGCCGAAACAUCCAGAGUCUCAAGAGACUCAUCUGGCUGUCCAGCGCCAUCGAGGGUCUCCACACUGCCCAGACUCGGUCUGCUGCUUUCAACCCCACAAAGGCCCUGAACCUGGCUCUGAAUCCAGCGCUGGUCCCUGGUGCUGGGAGCUCCCAGCCCACCCAGGUGCAGAGCCUCCUGAGAGACUUCUUUAAUCCCUAUCUGACUCAACUGCCCGACAAAGAGCCCUAACACCACACGGAUGCACAAACAAGAAGCUACUGUACACAUUCAUCAAAAACAAUUAUUUGUGUUCAUCAUUUUAACAAUAAAACCCCUAAAAGCACAACGACAAGAACAUCUAUAGUGCCAAGACACCCAUUCAGCUGCCAACGUGUGCAAAUGUUUCCAAGAGUUUAAAAGCAGAUUCAAAUUUUAGUUGUGAAUUCUUUGAGUUUGAGCUGCCGGGAGGUAGUUUAGCAGUGGGCAGAGCCAUAGAAACACUGUCUUAAUGUAUGAUCACAUUCUACAUCGAGGGCUGGGCGAUACAACCAAAAAAUAAAAAAAUGUUCAAGCAUGAGACGAUUCGCAAUUUUAAUCUUCUUUUUUUUUAAACUAAAACACGAUGAAACAUCAUAUUUUGAGGCCUAUAUGUGCAGAACAGAGCUAGAAUAAUAAAAGACCAGCUAGACUAGCAGCUAGCUAAUGUUAGCUAACAGGUCAGGGGCAGAGUGAAAAGAAGUACAAUCUACACGUCUCGUGACCAGAGAUGAUGCCUCGUCAACAAACAGAAAACUCAGAUCAGUGUGUAGAAUAAUUUUUCAGUGUGUCCCUCUAGCAGAUUGGAUCGUUGUAUUACAAUUUCCAUUUCAUCGCCCAGCCACACUACUAUCAUACUCACAUUUGCUCCAUCUCAUUCUGUGCAGUUGAAGACAAAUUCAAGCAUGCGUUUCCUGUUUCAGUGCGAUCUCCUCCACCACACUGGCAGUCCAAAGUUCAACUUUGACCUGCAAAUUCAGCCAACUGAUGCACUGUGUUUGCAAAUGGAGAAGUCAUAAUUUUAGCACUUUGUUAUCACACUACCAGACUACAAACUGCAGCAUCACUUUCAUUCACAGUUUACAGUCUGUGAUCGCUCUGCUCAACAUUUCUUUAUUACCCACAUCAGACCUGUGACCUCACAGUUUUGUUGGACAGAGGGCUAAUGUGAAUGUAACGUUAGUGACAUGAAAGAAAGGGUAACGGCUCAUACACACAGACUGCAUCUCUUUGUUUAAACCUGUCUCCUAAAAAUUACGUAUAUAUACUUUUAAUUUGCAUCAUCAGACCCAUGCGUCUGGAGAGAAUCGUAAUGCCCCUGAAUUACAUUUUUUUUAUCAGCAGAAUAAUUUGCAAAACACCACAUUUCAUUUGUUUUCCUAAAAUCCAAUAUUCUAUACAAUAUUGCAAUAGGCUACUAUAGCCACUAAAAAAUUAUUCACUUUUUUUCUGGUUAUGUUGAGGCACUCACAGCUGUUGUUAAAUAUUAAAAAAGUCCACAGUGACUUGAAGCAAGAGACAGGACACAUUUACCUUAUUUACAUUUAACCAAAGCCACAACCUUUCACAAACCAAAGUGCUUUUGUUGCCUGAAGUUGGAGUUAUGCUUCUCCGGGCUGCACAGAGUUGAACGUGCACGGGGAUAUUUAUUUUAUACUUAUAUGUAAUACAUUUACGUUUCUUUUCGUCUCUGUUUUGAACCCGCCGUUCUACAGGAGUUGAUUAAACCAAGCUCCUCUGCGACCUACACCCAUAACACCCCUCUCUGCGUAGGUUUGCAGAGACGUUUACGUGUCUCUUUGGAGAAGCAUAAUUCUAAACUUAACGCACGCUGGAUUCAGGACGUGAACCGCGGUCUCCGGUGUCCUGAACUUUGUCCACCAUCCACCCUGACCACCUCCCUAUGACUUGUGUGUGGUACAAGGAGCACUAGUAUUUCCUUCACUCGAAAAACCAUCGCCCCUGAAUAUAACCCAGAAAGCAAUUACGUUUCCCUUAAAAGUUGUUUGGCAAACUAGUAUAUAUAUGUAAUUUCUAUGACACAGGGUUGCUCGCUUCGUUCUGUCACCUCGACUCAGAGACCAAGACAAGGCUCUGCUACCUAAAAAAUAACAAAACACAAACACAGAUUUUGUCAAAAUGACGGAUAGUAGACGAAUAUCGGCCCUUUCGUGCAAAAAAAUAUGUGGUUGCAGGUGUGAUAUGUAACAAGGCAUCCUGAUCUGAGAAAAUAAUUCUUGAGGUGGAGGUGAAGAACACCACGUGGUGAGGAUGAACUCAGACAGCUAAAAGCCUCAUAUUAUCUUCAGCUGUAUUUCACAGAAGAGGACUGUUGAUUUUGUCCUCAUCUUUUACAGUGUAGUUGUGUUACAGAAAGAUCACUUCACAGCCUGUAUGGACAGCGGGAAUGAUUACAGACACCAACACAUCUUGAUAUAUAGAUGGGCAUGUGAGUAUUGAAUUAAGAUAAGAAAAGAUUUUUAAAAAUCCUGUCUGAAAUGUGCAUGUUGAUCAUUGAUCUUUACUUGGCUGUAGUUAUUGAUUAGCAUAUGAUACACAUGUGUAGUAGAGUCUGUAUAAAUGUUACAGCUGUUGUUUCUUCGGUACUCUGUUGACUAAUAGUAGUGAUUGAAUCAUGUUCACUUCUCUUGCUCAGAGUGUAGAGUUUAAACUAUACAGUAGGGUGGUGUGAACUUACAGACUAGAUAACUCUCGAUGUAUGUAAUGAUAUUUAUGAAUACCAAGUGUCUGAUUCAUUCUCUUUCUGCAUGUGUAAAGAGAUAUGUGGUUGUAUAACAAUGAUUUGAAUGCCUGUAAUUUUAUCUUGUGAACAUUUAUAAUAAACUUUGUGGAUGCAUGGA